CGCGGCCCGGCCGAGCGCGGAAGCGGCGAGGGGGGUGAGGGCCGCUGGGCGGCCGCGGAGCGGAGCGGGAUGCUGAACGUCCCAGCACAGGCCUUCCCCGCGUCCGGCUCCCAGCAGCGGGCGGCCGCGGGGGGGCGCAGCAAGACUUCCCAGCCAGCAGCAGAAUGAAACUGGUGUGAAUCUUCACUACUGCAGUGAAGAUUUGGUGUCUGAAGUCCAGUUUGUUGUGGACAAAUAUCUUCCCAGUGGGUGCUCAUGUUGGCAGUUGAAGGGCAAGGAGAGAGUGGAGAAUGCCACUUGCCUUGAGUCCCUUUGAAACCAGGCAGAAGUCUUAUGGAUUGGAUUCGACUAACUAAAAGUGGAAAAGACUUAACUGGACUGAAAGGACGAUUAAUUGAAGUGACUGAAGAAGAGCUUGCAAAACACAGUAAAAAAGAUGAUUGCUGGAUAUGUAUAAGAGGGCUUGUUUAUAACGUCACUUCAUAUAUGGAGUAUCACCCUGGUGGUGACGAUGAGCUAAUGCGAGCGGCAGGAACAGAUGGCACAGAUCUCUUUGAUCAGGUUCAUCGUUGGGUCAAUUAUGAAUCCAUGUUGAAGGAAUGCCUUGUUGGAAGAAUGGCACUCAAACCUGUUGCUGCUACUACAGAGACUUGCUGCACUCUACCUGAAGAGAAGAAACUCUUAAAUGGCAUGCUUCCUAAAAAUAAAGUAUUGGAUACUUCUUCCAAAGAUUUAACUCCAAGCUAUGAUUGGUUCCAAACAGAUCAUUUGGUCACUGUUGUCAUAUAUACUAAACAAAAGGGGAUGAAUUCAGAAAUGGUGAUAGUUGACCAUCAAGAUGGUAGACUGAGAGUAGACAGCAUUCUGAGGGAUUAUUCCUAUCUCUUGCAUAUUGAGCUGAGUUAUGCUGUUCAAGAAGACAUUGCUGUACACAUUGCUGAAAAAGUGGGAAAAGUGGAGAUUGUCCUGAAGAAAAAAGAUAAUAUUCCUUGGAGUAAACUGGGACAGCCACUCGAGAGUCAUAGUUCAUUUAUCAAGUGCACAGACAGAGGGCUGUGCUACAGAAGGUGCAAACUGAUUUCUAAGACAGAAGUCACCCAUGACACCAAACUUUUCUGCUUAAUGUUGCCACGGAGUACUCAUCUCCAGGUUCCUGUUGGGCACCACGUUUACCUCAAACAAAUUAUUGCAGGAACUGAGAUAGUGAAGCCAUAUACACCUGUAUCUUGUUCUUUGAAAUCAGAUUUCAAAGAACCAUCUCACCAUGAUAGUACACACCUGAUUUUAAUGAUCAAAAUUUAUCCCAAUGGACUUUUCACACCAGAACUUGACCACCUGCAAAUUGGAGACUAUAUUUCCGUGAGCAAUUCUGAAGGUAGCUUCAAGAAGUCACAAGUUCAAACUUUAGAAGAUCUCUUUUUAUUGGCAGCAGGCACAGGCUUCACACCAAUGGUUAAACUACUGAACUAUGUUCUGACUAAUGUUUGUAGUCUGAGGACAGUGAAGUUGAUGUUCUUCAACAAAACAGAAGAUGAUAUACUUUGGAGAAACCAGCUGGAGCAGUUAGCCCUGAAAGAUAAAAGGUUUGAGGUUCAAUUUAUUCUCUCAGAGCCAAAAAAAGAGGGGACCGGCAAACAGGGAAAAAUUUCUUCAUCUCUCCUUUCUGAGUUUGUGAAAAGAAGCAAAAAAGACUCCAAAAUACUUAUUUGUGUCUGCGGUCCAGCACCUUUCACAGAGCAAGGAAUACAGUUUCUGCAGGAUCUUGGAUAUUCCAAAGAAGAGGUCCAUAGUUUUACUGCAUAAAGCAACAUUGAGGAUAUGACUGUUUAAUUCAUCGAUCUUCAUUAUUUACAUUCAUAAAUAAGUUUAAAUUCUUAAAAAGAAAAAUAUUUUGUAUGCAUUAAAAUUUGACUCUUGGUAUGAAAAUAUUUCUUGAAUGGCAUGUGCAUUUGAGGUAAAGGAAUUUUAUACUGUUUUCUUGCUUUUGUAUUUUUGCUAAUACUUACAAUUCAGCUAGGAUAUUAAUUUAUUGCAGAGGCAAGUAAAUAUGUACAGUACAUAUUAGAUAUUUAAUUUUGUUAGCCUAGAACUCUUUCCUUCUAGAUCUGAUUUAUUACCUUCUAAGUACUGAUUAUAUAGAUUUUUACUUGAAACACUUUUCUUUACUGUAAAAUGUCUUAGCAAUACUGUCUGAAUUUAUGUAUUGCACUGUUAACUCAGGUAAAUGAUCACUUACACUAUGUUCUUAUUGAUAUUCUAAAACCGUGUUUGACUUUUAAGUGAUCAAAACAUGUUGUUGUUCUUGUACAUAAUAUUGAUAAAUAAGGUGCUCAUAUGUAUGGCAAACUGCGUAAAGAUGCACUAAGUAAUAAAAAGGUAAAUAAUGGAUUCUUGUUACA